UUGUUGUUUUAGUUACCAGAUCUUAUUUGUUUGGCUAAUUGUGCUUUUCACGCUUUGAAAAUUUAUUCAAUUAUUCUACCGAUUAUUCCGCUGGUUACGCGUCGCCGCACAGCAACAAAGACCAGUCGGCAAAUCAUCAGGAUUGCAUGACCCAGGAAACCGUUUUGCGCGAACGGAAACCUUCUGUUGACAUCGAUCAAAGGAAAGUUUUUAAAAACCAAUCAGACAGUGCGUUAUCAAUAUAGACAGUGAGUUAUCAAUACCAUCUGGUUGAUACAUUGGCGGCUGUGGCAAGCCUCAAGAACGGCGUGAAUUCCAGUGGUAAAAAAAGACUACUUAAUCCAAAGCUAAACGGGGUUAACUGGCUAAGCGCAUCGCUAUCUGGAAGAUUUUAGGGCCCUUGGAGGACAUAACUUUUGGUAUGUUGUAGGUUGAGUUCCCACGAAGGAAAUUACGAAUCUGUUAAGCUACAGAUUUGGUGUUCUUUUAAUGGAUCAAACUAUGUGAGAUCUGUUUAGAAGCUACAACUGAAAGUGGCUCAGCUCUCGGAGUGGGCUCAACCUCAUAGCUUGCUCCAAGUUUUCAUAGCGUUGAUAUGGCUACGGAGGACCUAAGAAUCAAUAUCAAAGAGCUUCAGUAUGACAGGCAGCGACUUUCAGGAUUAGUUUUCCAACCUCUUCAAGAAAUUAAAGAUUUUGUGGCCCGAAACUUAAGAUUGGACGAAGUAGAUCACAUCGUCUUACUUCUCCGCAAUGCUAUUCGAAGUGACACGUUGAGAACUGUCACGGACGGCGAAGCUCUAAUCGCGGUUCUUAAUCUGUAUUACGGAAAAGAUAAUUUGCGAGUUGUGCAGCGCCUCUUGAAGAAGAUAAAUUGUCACGAUCUCCUCCAAGUAGUCAGUGAGUGGGAAAGUCGCAGCAACCCGGUGCAUCCACGAGUUUUUCAAGGUACGUCAUCGUCCGUUUUUCAUCUUUUGUUUAUAGUUUGACCCACGCGUUAUCAGGAUAUUCGUCUAGCAUUAUGUAAAUGGUUUUAUCUUGUUCUUACUGUGUACUUAAUUUAAAAAGCUUAGAGUCAUUGCUUCUCUCUUGUAGAAUUUUUUCUUGGAUUCCUUGAGGAUGACAUGACAAAUUAUUCAAAUACUACGAUCAUUGAGAAAACCAUUAAGACCGGCGUAAAUAAACACGAGAAUGUGUGAAGAUGUUUACAUUAUUUGCAUUUUCCACGUACACCUAAUGCUCCUAGUGAUGACAGUAUAUAAAUAAAUUAAAUUCCCUAACGAUGGAGUUCUUGAAAUUAAAUUCUUCAGCCUAAGUUCUUUGCUUGCAGUAGGGAAAACACCUUUUAAAAAUUCAGGAAGAAAGGAAAUUUUAGUUCCAAAAUGCGGGAUAAUUUUUUUUAAAUUUAGAUACUGUUGUUAAUGUUAAAUGCUAAUAAUAUUAAUGUUUUGCUGGUAUAAAUUAAAUCUUCAGCCUAAGUUCUUUGCUUGCAAUGGAGAAAACACCUUUGAAAAGUUCAAGAAGAAAGAAAGUUGUAGUUCAAAAAUUCGGGAUAAUUUUUUAAAAUUUAGAUGCUGUUGUUAAUGUUAAAUGCUAAUAGUAUUAAUGUUUUGCUGGUAUAUUCUAAGUUUGAAUAUUCUUGUAAUGGUUAUGAAUAUAAUUUGCAUAUUUUGAGGAGGAUAAAUAUUAUUGUUACUAUUAUUGUAAUUAUUGUAAGAAUCACUGAAAGUGAUAUUUAAAAAAUUAUUAGGAAUUAAUUAUUAUUUUCUGCUCUUUUUUCUCUUAUAUUUUUUUUCCAGAGUGUGGCUACUUUCCAUUAUGGAUAAGGAUCAGAAACCAUUUUUCAUGGUUCUCUGAGAACAAGAAGACAAUAUUGCAGAAGAUCAGAAGACUUUUCCAUAUCCCUGAGAUUGCCCAAGGUGACCCUGAUUGGGAAACAGUUAUAUACAUGGGAGUUUCCUUUGGUGCAUCAGACCUUCUGGUUUACAUGUUAGUGCCUGAGUGUGCACGUAAACAUGUCCGUUCCUCUCUUGGAAGAAAUGAUGUCUGUCUCACUAUGCAGCAAUUAAGUAUAAUUGGGAUUUACUUUGGAAGGAAGACGAAGAGAAAUGGUUUUGGUGAUGACCUUUCCCUUACCAGCUUUACAUCCAUGAAUGAGUCUUUGCAAAGUGACUUUGUUCAAAAUGGUGAAGGUCGGGAGGUUUUGCAUCACUCUAAAGCUACAUGUGAAACAAAGAAUGGAUGUUAUAAUGGUAGACAGGAACAAAAUCAGAGUAAUUUGAGUAACCAAGAUUUUUCACAAUCAGUUGUGUCACCAGAAAGAGGAAAUGCAAAAGUUGUACAAACAAACAUGGGUUACAUUGAUACUGCCUCUCCUGAAGACAAAACAGACUUGCCCAUCAGGGUAGUGCGGCCAAAGAUAAUGUAUAUUGACCACAAUGUCCAGGCUGCCAUGGAUGUGGAAGAUUCACCAGUGAGAAGCAAAGCUGUAUCUGGUAAAGAACAGGAUCAGAUUAUUGUAAAAGAAACCUCAGAAAUGACAGAAUCGAUGCCCCCAAAGUCAUCUCCAGGUUACAGGGGUCAGCAUCAGUUGCAAGAAGAUAGAGAAUGGGUUCCAGCAAUUGAAAGUUUGAUUGUACCAGAGGUCAAGCAGAGCAAAGAGCUGCAGUCCUGGAACAUUCCUGAUGAGCUUUACCACACAAGUCAAGGCAACACCACUGGUGACAGUCACAGAGGUUGGUCACAUAACACUUCCUUGGAAAAUAAAACUGGCCAGAAGUGGUCAGACAAUGAAAGAGUUGAGAGCAAUAAAAAGAGAACAUCUGUUUUAGACUUUUCAUUUGAAGACAGUUGUGUUGAUGGGGAGAGAGGCUGGUACUCUCAAAGUCCACCCAAAAAAUCACACAUUGGAACAGCAGUUAUGGAAAAUGGCCCCAUAUCAACAAAAUCAAAGUUGAUUCCAUCAGAAAUAACAACUUCCAAAUCAGAAAACACCAGAACAUUCGCUUCAACAGCAACAUUCCAAAUCAGUAGGAGGAAUAGAAAUGCCAAUUCUCAUCAGAAACAUAUGAGUUCUCUGAAUGGUGAAAUUUAUAAAACAGAAGCCCUGCCAUCCUUAAAUAUGAGCCAAUCAGAUUUUGAUGAUAAGAGAGUGAUGACAAAGGAUAAUCUGAGGAUUCCAAGGCAACCAGAGCCUGGUUCCUCUUGGUAUGAGGAUACAGCUUUGGAGGACUCCUUAUACAGAGAAAUGGUACCUGAACCAGAACCUGAAGACACACAGCAGUUUCAUCCUGUUGAAGAUUACUAUCUUGAUAAUAUGAAACCCCAGCAAGCGGCUGUGACUCCAAGAAUUUACUCUGCAAGGACAACAAAUGGAAGAGCUCACACUCCAAUAUACUCCCCUCCAGAAAGUUUCAGGGAUGCCACCCCUGUAAGUGGCAAGCUGGUGAUGGUGAAAACUGCACUUGUUGAUCAACCAAGGCAAAAGCUAUCCAUAGUCACGGUCCAUCAUGACGGGGAAGACUCACUGAGAGGCUCAAACAAUUUAAGGGAGUUUCCCAAAACAACUGGCAUGACCAGUGCUGGUUUCUACAGGCCUACAGAUCAUAGCCCCCAAGAAUAUAAUCAAUGUAAUGAUUAUAGUCCUAAAAACUCAAAUGGACAAUCACAACAGUUUUCAACCCUGAAGGCAGAGAGUGAAGUGUUGUCAGAUUAUGAUGACAGUGUCUUUACUGAUCAUGAAUACAGAGAUGACGCUAGUGGAAGAUUUGCAGUGGUGCCCCCUCCAUAUGUUCCUCCACCAGAAUACAAAAAGACUUUAAGAAAGUUGGAUGGAAAAUCAAAUGAUGAUUCUACCAGCAUAGGUAAUUUCAUCCAUUAUGUUUUAAUAUAGAUAUACAGUAUGGUAGAUUGUGGUUUGCAAAAGAUGACUCUGAUGAUACAAUAUAUACCUGUAUCAUUCUUGUACUGUUUUGCUGUGAUCAAUUUGUAACCCUGACACUUACUGUAACAUGGAUUGAUGUCGGUAUCUGGGCAACUACAUACCUACCCCUCCCCUAACCUAACCCAAUAACAGUCAACUGACAAUGAGCUAGGGUUAAUUCUGGGUUAGGGGAGGGGUGGGUAUACAUUUGCUCAGAUACUGACAUUGAUUCCAUUACACAAUGUAUAUAAUCUGCAUGUUGCAGUAUGAUUUUAUUUUUUAUUACUUUGUUUAAAGGUACAUGUAUGGUUACAAGUUGAACAGUUAACCCUUUAACUCCCAUGACUGACCAAGACAGAAUUUCUCCUUACAAUAUCAAUACAAUAUUAACCAGAUAAGUGAUGAGAAUAAAGAUAAAUAUCAAUUUGGGAAUAAUUUGUUGAUCCAAUACUAAAUUCUCUGAACUAGGACAUUGUUAGAAUUGUAUGGUUGACAGUAAAGAGAAUUACAAAUUUUAUCUGGGAGUGAAAGAGUUAACAGUUCAAUUUAUUAUGUUGUGCAUAGAAACAAAGUACAUGUGUAUCUGUAUUGUACAAUGUACAUUCAAUGCUUCAGGAGACAAUUCUAAGAGAUGUGGAGACUAAUGUCAGUAAUACUUAUACAUAGUGGAAUGAAAUCUCAAAGUUUUGUUUAGUUAUAACCUUAAAGUUUUGUUUAGUUAUAACCUUAAAAAUGUCUCAUUUGUUUUUUAGACACAUAUAGUUCAGAUCGUGUUCAUAAGAGUCCUCUCCUGUCAGCUGCAAGUGUAAGUUCAAUAUACAAAGAGGUGAGUGUGUUUUUCCAGUAAGAGCUGAAUUCUAUCAAUCAUGGAUAAUGCAUGUUUUUGCUGAAGCAUACUAGUUAUUAAUUUAAUGUGGUUUUAUUUGCAGAAAGAAAUGUUUCUCAGCAGAGAAGAAUUACAGAUGAGUAUAAAAGGGGCUGAGGACAAAGAAAUAGAAAAACAGGUUAAUAUCAAAAUUUCAUUUUUUGCUUUUACCCUUUAACUCCCAGAUCAAAUUUUUCAUUCUCCUUACUGUCAACCAUACACUUCUUAUAGUGUUGGUUCAAAGAAUUUAGUAUUGGAUCAGUUAAUUAUCCCCAAAUUAAUAUUAAUUUUUUCUUCAUUCUCAUCACUUAUCUGGCUGAUGUUCUAUUGUUACUGUAAGGAGAAAUUCUGUCUUGGUCACUCAUGGGAGUUAAAGGGUUAAAGGUAAAGUUGCAUUGAUACUAUUUACCCCCUACCCCCUACCCCCUACCCCUACCCCUCUCCUGCAAAAUUUCUAUAAAAUUAACAAAGGCUAUAGUGAUACACAGGUUCUUAUGACUUUUUAAGGCCAGGAGUUGGUUACCUGCUGGGAUUUGUUUUUUAUUGUAGAUAGAACUUUGUAAAGAUCUCAUGGUUGCUGCUAAAGCGGGGGAUGAGGAUGAGGUGAAGAGAACCAUUGAUGAAGGAGUUGAUGUGAAUUAUCAAAAUGAGGUGCAGUUUAUGUCCAUGUAGCUUCAUAGCUUGUGUUUAUUACUUUUUUGCUUUAAUGAGUUCAGUUAAUAAAACGCUUUUCUUCCGUGUGUAACACGACCAUGACUAUUCAGAACAGAGGAAAAAGUUAAACUCAAAGUUGCAGUUUUGCAUCCCGAUCGUUUGAAAGCCUUGGCGCGAAUUUUUUUUGACGAAUGCGCUAGUAGUCACUUUUCCCAAUACCCUCGAAACUGAGAGGCACAAGUUUACUGCAGAACAGUUAUCUGCAGAAAAUAUUAGAAAGCUGUUGUCCGUCUACACAUAAAUUUACAAAUGAGGGUAAAUUAAGAGAUACUAAUCAAACCUUCACAGUACACACAUUCGCUAAAUUAGGGGCAGGAAAAUAAGUUGAUGUCAUCAGUUUCAAUUAUAUGUAAUGUUUUCAAUAAUAACUAUCAAUGAUUGAGUUAUCUCUUCAUUUAACUAACAUGUUAUUUCUUCUGCCAAAUUAUAGAUGUAGUCGUUCUUGAAUAAGGCGAGACCUUUGUUUCAUAGUGGCUAAACGCAAGGCUGCUUAAGGAUUCUUACCAUGAAACUUAACUGUUAACAAUCUUUCUCUGUUUGAAGUUUGGUCAGUCUGCAAUGAUGGUUGCCAGCUGGGAAGGGCAUCUUGGAAUUGUAGAGGCCUUGCUUAGUGAUGACGCUGAUCCUAAUUUACAGGACGGGGUAAGUUUCUACGUCGCAAGUUCUGAACUUGAAAAUUUUUUCUUCUCAGAUAAAUACAUACCAUAGGGCCCUGCCCAAUGGUUUUUCUGCAAAAUUUUAAAUAUUUUUUGAAGUAAUUCAGUGAUCAACAAGAGUAUUAUUAGAGAAUGUUAACUUGUGGUUAGUUUGUUAAGUUUAUUAUUGUCUUGACGUUGUGAAAAGUAACAAGAUUUGCAAUAAAUGUUUACCUGCCUCCACUCCCGAUUACGUAUGCCCUUAUUUACCUCACCCUCCUCCGCUUUUAAAAUCAAAGACGGCGGCCAAACUUUUGAGGAAAUAGUCUGCGCAUUUUCGCCAAAACUGCCCUUGCACCACAGGCUAAGAGUCUUGCACCGAUGUCCUACUUCAAUAAGUUCCCACCUUCCUUAUUGUUCUGCUUUCAAUUUGUUAUUCUUCGAGUCAGUGUGUCUCAUCGCACUGUUUUGUAACGUAGAGCAAUCGGUUGUCUGUUCUUACAAAUUGUAUUUACAUGUAAGAUCAACGAACCUAACAGGGCGCCAGGGUAAGUGUCUGCGAGGAUUGUGGAAAAAUGCGCUCGAUCGAGGAGUUUUUUUCUUUUUGUCUUUGUUUUUGGUUUGGUUUGUUUGAUUGUGUAUCUAUUUAUUCUUUAAUGGCAAAGUUAAAAUGAAUAGGAAGAAAGUGGUUUUCAAAAGGCAACACCAUUCCCGUUUCUUCAUAGUUUGGCAAGACUGCUCUGCACGAGGCUGCCAUCAGUGGUCAACAUGCUAUUGUUCAUCGUCUCAUCCCUGGUGGAGCUAACGUCAAUCUGGCUGAUGAGGUGCGUGAUUUAUUUCAAAUUACGCACGGCAAAAUAUCCCUUUUUUACACGUUUCUGUUGCUUUGAAUUCCUCCUUUCCUUGUUGCAUACCUGUGCACUUUAGCAGACUUUCAACGAACAAGCCUACGUUCUGGGGCUUUUUGUAUUGCAACGGUGGAGAUUUUCUCUUGGGGAACCUUUAUUCAAGAAUUAUUUGGACGUGGACUUUGACGACAACCUUUGUGUCUAUCACCUUGACUAAAGGGACAGUUAUAUCGAGUGGAAACCGUUUGCGGCACUGAGGAUUUCCCCGGCAUGAAACUUCCCUCAUUUUUGUGUACAGCUGGACUCUACCCUUCACUGCUCUUUUCUAACAGUGUUGCGCUACAAGAUAUGACUUGAAUGCGAGAGUCGUAUAAAGGGCUCGAAAGGUCGUAGACAUAAUCCCGACGGAAAUUCGGAGUUGAAAUUGAUUUCUUUCCUACGGCAUCCGAACCCCUGUCCAACUCGUAAGGUACACGUACUUCCAUCCCUGCCAACGGUACAAAAGAAGUUAGGUAUAGAACAAUGAAAUCUUGGGUUUGCAUCCAGUGGAGAGGAAUUACACUUUUUUUCCGUCCCACACAUAGAACAAGUGUUCAACAUCUUUCCGUAUUCUCUUUGGUGACUCGCUUUGUACUUUCCUCAGGAAAAAAGAACCCCUCUUCAUUAUGCCGCCAUGAGAGGAAAAAGAAGAAUAGUAGAGGUUCUCCUGCUCUUUGGUGCGAAUGUUUCGCUUCUUACGAAGGUAAAAGUUUGCGGUUUUUAAACUUAGCUCGAGAAUAGUUUUAAGUAUCUAUUCAGGUAAAUAACUCAUUCUCUUUUGGUUACUGGUUUGACUUGUCCAGGAAGGAGAAUCUGCGAUUGAACUUGCCUAUUGGUACCGUCAUGACGAUAUUGUAACUUUGUUGCAGACUACUGGCGAUAAAGUAAGUCUGUUGCACUGUUGACGGAAUUUUUCAUAACUUAGGUAAAAUCUAAUAAUGUUCUUGGGACUGAUAUGGUUCCUUUCAAUGGCGUUGCAGAGAACCCGUAGAGAAAUGGACAGUCUGAUACGAAAGCAGAAGAUCCGUUCCGCAGCAUCUUUACCAAACUUGUCCAAGGUCAGUCUAAGCCACCAAAGCAUGUUUAGGUAAACCGUGUUUAACUGAACGAAAAUCAGGAACAGAACUGAAAAACUGAAUUUUUCAUAGGAUUCAAGUAAUUGCUGACUUGUAUUUUCAAUAGGUUAUAUCUGAAGUUGACAAACAAUGGUUUAAGCAGCUUCUAUGAAGAAAAAAAAAUUAAACCGAAACACGAACAUAAACAAAUAUGUUUAAGUUUUGGUGUUAAUAGGGUAUAAGUUAUUGUAUCACUUAGUCUUGUCUCUAUCGCGCCUUCCAGCGUCGCUCUUCGUUAAAACUUCCACCGAGAUGUUUCAUGCAUGUACACCAGUGGAUGUCGAUGCAAGACAAGCGGUGAAAACUUGCUUGUUGUGUUACGGCUCCCAUCCCUUGAGGGCAGCAAACAUAUUGAAGUCUCCAGUAGUAACGAAAUUUAAGGACAUGGCACACGAACAUCUGCCACGUUUGACAGUGCCUUGAAUACCUUACACUUUGACAUAAAAUAGAAGAGAGACGAGUGAUUCAGAUUCAAACAUGGCACAGUCGAUAGUGCCACGCGAGGGACAUGGGAAAAAUGCAAUAAACAGAUGGGGCUACCAUAAUUAUUUUCGGUAUACAUGGCUCUAUCCUGAGUGGUUCUUAGUUUUAUAAGUUUUUCUGAGUAUUUGUCGCUGAUAAAUACUCGGAAAUUUUUACUAUAUCGCAUUUCUUUACUGCGAGUCAGCUUCCUUAUCUUUUCCCCCUCGGACAGCCUAAAGUUUUCUGAGGUUCGUUUCUUAUUCGAUGCACUACUAACUAGACACUCUUGUACCGUGUUCUACGUUAUUUUUUAGGCGUCAUCGAUGAAAGAGCUCUCCCGAGCCAGGAGCCGUCCAGACCUGCGCAAAAAGAAAUCAGUUUGUCCAAUCCAGUAAAUUCGCGUAAGAGCCGUUCACAGCAUGGCUAGACACAUGUAGUCGGAAUCGAAACUCCUUCGUAUGUUACGUUUUUAAGUUUAAUUUCAACUUUUUCGCUUCCAGAUCUGGGAGAAAUGUUCUCAAUUUCAAAAGUUUUGGAGUCAAUUAGUUCUAUUUAUAUGAUAAAUAUAUAUGAUACAUACAUUCUUUGUUUAAUUUUCAUCGUACCAUUGGUUAUAUAUAUUUGUAAAGGUGUGGGUCCUUACAUCUCGAACAAAGAUGCGAAUUGCAUCAAAGGGAUAUCUGCUGUCAAUUCAGCGUAGCAAAUAUUUGUAUGCAAU